AUGUCUUUUACUCAUGCUCAUGCGUUCUUCUACCCUAGACGCUACAAAUCCCCCGCAUUCGCUGUCCAGCUGCUCGACAUUCUUCAUACCCUCCGCACCCCUUCAUGGUCAACUUCUGGAAUCACCCCGGAUAGGAUUGAGAUACAGAAAGUAUCGGGAUCCAUGACCAACGCUGUCUUCUUUGUCUCUUGUCCGUCGGUCCCGGGUACCCGCAUCGUUCUCCUCCGCAUCUACGGACCUUCAUCAGGGUCCAUGAUUUCACGUCCGAGGGAACUGCAGAUUCUGCAUGUACUUUCCUCGCAGUACCACAUUGGACCUCGUGUAUAUGGCACAUUCGAGAACGGGCGGGUUGAGGAGUAUUUUGAUGCUACGACCCUAACGGCGGAUGAUUUACGAGACAAGAUGACGAGUGUAUGGAUCGCAGCACGUAUGGCCGAGCUACACACUGUCGACAUUAAGGCGGUUGAGCUCGUCUCGACUUCAGACGCAGCUGACGAGAACAAUUGGGUGGCCGCCAAGACGAAUGUGCAGUCUUGGUUCGGCCUUGCACGCGAAGUUCUCGCACUUCCCGGGACGCCGCAGAGCGCUCGAAGUUCUCUCGACCUCGAUCGUCUUCAUGAAGAAUGGGAGCGCUACACGUGUUGGCUCGACGAGCAGGAGAAAAUCGCCGGGCCUAGCCCACGAGUCUUUGCCCACAACGACACACAAUACGGAAAUCUGCUGCGGUUGAAGACCCUCAAAGAAGGCAUGUCCAAGCACCAACGAAUCAUCGUCGUCGAUUUCGAGUAUGCUUCGCCCAAUCCUGCGGCCUUUGAUAUUGCGAACCACUUCCAUGAAUGGACCGCCAAUUACCACUCCGACACCGCGCACAUUCUUGAUCCCGCACUCUAUCCGACCGAAGAUCAGCGGCGCAAUUUCUAUCGGUCAUACCUCAGACACAUAGAGCCAAAUAAGGAGCGUCAGAUGUCCACGGAGGAGCUCGAGGCGAAGGCGGACACGUUGGAAAGUCAGGUUCGGGCUUGGAGCCCCGCGUCACAUGCGAUGUGGGCUCUUUGGGGGAUUAUCCAAGCUCGGGAGUUCGUCGAGGGCAGCGACGGAGAUCCGGAGUUCGAUUAUUUGGGCUACUCUCAGUGCCGAUUGGAUGGCUUCCGCAGAGAGUUACAUGCUUUUGGUUUUUGA